GGACAAGCCUUUGUGGCCGCUGGAAAGUUUCCUGGCCAAAACUUGGCGAUAUUCUAGCAUUUCCAGGUCUUACCAACACAACAGCGCUUGACUGUGCCUUAUCUUUGACUACCGCGGCUCUUCCACCGCCUUUCGUGUCACCCGUUGAACCAGAACCCGCCCUCCCGCUGUACCUGGACUAGACCCCGAGCUUGCCAGCCAUGUUGAUGGAUUGCUAAAGCGACCUUCUCUGCGCUUUGCUUGAACAACUCACCCUGCCGGUCUGACCGCCGAAGCGCACUCCCUUCAUACACAACGAGCUGGUAGAUUUGCCUCCAACUUAAAGCCAUAUUUCCAUACCCCCUAGCUCUGCCCCCGGGCAGCGAACAUAGUCAUGCCGAUUCUUCGACCCGGUAAACUGAAAUCGAUAAUAUCAGCCACGGGUGCGCUGUUACUCAUUUGCACCGUGUAUAUCUAUUGGGCCCCGCCUCCGGCUUCAGUAGUUCCUAGCACCGCCUUCGAAGUCCCUCUCGCAGAACGUCAAAAUGCUUUUUGGAAGGUCUUGAACCCGAUAUUGCAAGAACAUGCCCCAAAUACUCCUACUCCGAAGCGCCUGGCAGACGUGAGCGCAGUCCACUUCAACGCUACGACGACCGAUUCGCGACCUGAUCUGACAAUCAUAGAGGAUGGGGAUUUGCAGGCAAUGGAAGAGUCUCAUGCGGGAUAUAUUGAAGAAUGUCGCAAGGCUGAACGGUUGCGACCAGUACAUACACCGGGUACGCGUGGCAUAGUGUCCACGGCGGGGGCUUCCUAUUUCCCCGUGUUCUUGUCCUCUUUGCGAAUGCUUCGACGACUGGGGUCCACAUUGCCGGUGGAGGUGUAUAUGAAGGAUAAAAGUGAAUAUGAAAAACAGAUCUGCGAUGACAUCCUCCCGGAUUUGGGAGCGCGCUGUCUUGUCCUCUCGGACAUUGUUGGCAAGGGUGCCAUUGAGCAUUAUCAGCUCAAGAUUUUUGCGGUCUUAUUUUCCUCCUUCGAGGAGGUCAUCUGGAUGGACGCGGACUGCUUUCCGCUCCACAAGCCUGAAGUUUUGCUUGAGUCGGAACCAUUCACCUCCAAGGGGUUGGUCACAUGGCCGGACUUUUGGAUUUCCUCGGCGUCCCCGCUCUACUUCAAAAUCUCGCGGCAGGAAAUGCCAGCGCUGUCGGAGCGCGCGUCAUCGGAAGCGGGCGUCUUCUUGGUAUCGAAAAAGACACAUCAAAUGACUUUGCUUCUCGCUGCUUAUUACAACUAUUACGGCCCGUCGCACUAUUUCCGGCUAUUGUCGCAAGGCGCACCCGGCGAAGGCGAUAAGGAGACCUUCCUUCACGCUGCAUCUGCUGUCGGAGAACCUUUCUACGCUGUGAGCGAGCGGGUUCAGGCGGUCGGUCACACGAAGCCGGGUGGCAUUGCGGGCUCUGCGAUGGUGCAGACCGACCCAGCGGAGGAUUAUGCGUUGACCAGUGCGGGCAAAUGGCGCGUGCAAGAUGAGUCUGUGGCCAAGGCCCCACGUGCCUUUUUCAUCCACGCCAACUACCCCAAGUUCAAUCCUGGUGAAAAAGUAUUUGGCAUGAAUUGGGAGACCACCCCCACGCUCCGCCCUGAUGGCACGGACGGACGGGCAUGGCUCGUGGCAGAAUCUACCGUCCAGCGAUUUGGAUACGACGUUGAGAAAGCAUACUGGGAGGAGAUCAAAAACAUCAGUUGCGACCCUGCCAUUAGCUUCCGGACAUGGGAAAGGAAGGAUGAAGUUUGUGACAGAGUGGAGAGCUACUGGGCGAACGUUUUCGCCGAGCCGCAUGAUGACGACCCCAAGUUCACUGACGAAAGCUGAAAUUGGCCGUAUCGCACUGCGAUGCUGAGCCUUGAGACAUCACUGGGUAACCAUUUACGCCAUGCUGUUUAUGAUCGACACGGUUGCUUAUCAGCAAUAUUGUAUAUAUCCUUCUGUUCUUUUUCUGGUUACAUAUUCAUAUCAUUAGAUGUAUAAUAUUGGUGGAUGCGGCAUUUAGCAUCUUACCGUUUGUCUUGUUGGAUACCCUGGCGCUCCGCAACGAAUUACGUCCAUUUCCCAGUAACGACAUUCAACACACAUGAGCUAAUAUACUACAUCCCCUAAAAAGCACUUGAAG